CCCUUCAUUGAUGCCGGGAAGCCCGUCUUCCACAUCGAAUACCCAGACAACGCAGGCACGGAGCUGGGAACAAACACUGUGCUGCACUACUGUGGGAACGACGGCGACGCGGAAGGAAGGGAGGGGUUCAGCACCGUCCUGAAAAAGAUGGAUUUGGAUGGUUGGGUCGAGUUUUGCGACCAGAAAGUGGCAGUGACUGCAACCUAAGGAUGCCACAUCAAAUCCACGUUGAAGAAGACGUCCAGACGUUCUUUUCGGCACUUGGGCGAGGAUACCACAAAAAGUUCCGUUCCCCAAACACUUUCUCUGCGGAUGCCCCGUUGAGACGAGCAGCAGGAGCUGAUGUGCCGAGGAUCGCGCCGGAAAAUCCAAGGACAUACCAACGCGCUGGCCAUCUAGGGAGAACCUCUUCUGCCGACGUGAUACUGCGGGGUGCUUAUGCGGGGUGCAUGCUUCUCUUCCCCAAGCUUCCUUGGAAAGGCUUCGUCAGCGCAAUUCAGCAAGAGCGAACAAAGAUUUCAGCUCAAGACCGGAUACCAAGCUCGGUCGGCAAUGCAGAUGAAAUGUCUUCUGCAUUGCAAGGGAAACCAAAGGGAAAAGCGAGGUCUCAAAAGGUUCCCGGAUCCCAUACCUGGCCACUGUCGAUCACAAAGACCGCAGAAAGAACAGAUCUGCUAUGGAUUAUUAUGUCAUUCUGCGUCUUCAGCCCUGAAAAUGUCGCUCUCGCUCCUGUCCUACAGCCCAAUUUCCGCACGACCGUAGGGCAGGCAAUUUAGAAUAAGUCUUGUCACACAUAGAUUCUUUCCCUCCUCUCUGUACUUGCGUGAUUUGACCGGCUCUCGAAUACAGCCGGUAAGCGAAUUCUGGGGUAGUCACUACCGGACAACCACUGUGAGCUAUACCGCCAGCGGUAUGUAAUGUGAAAGAGCGCGAAAGAGCGCAAUCUUCUGCUGGGAUGAUCCAUAACUCGGAUCCGCAACGGCAGUGGGACGCCCCAUCGCCCGUGCUAUCGCCCUUGCCCGCGCUAAGGCAGCCAAAGAUCUGUCAACGGUUAAAUGCGGGUCUUUAAAAUUCCGGAGUACCUGUGAUCGACUUCAAG